UGGCAGACCUGCUCUACUGGAAGGACACCAGGACGUCUGGAGCCGUCUUCACGGGCCUCAUGGCCUCUCUCCUCUGCCUCCUGCACUUUAGCAUCGUGUCUGUGGCUGCGCACCUAGCCCUGCUGGGUCUCUGCGCCACCAUCUCUCUCAGGGUUUACCGCAAAGUGCUCCAGGCCGUGCACCGGGGUGAUGGCACCAACCCUUUCCAGGCCUACCUGGACAUGGACCUGACCCUGACCCGGGAGCAGACAGAGCGUUUGUCCCAGCAGAUUGCCUCCCAAGUGGUCUCCACAGCCACACAGCUGCGGCAUUUCUUCCUGGUAGAAGACCUGGUGGAUUCUCUCAAGGUACCCCCU